AUGAGUAACGAACAGCCUGCACAAUUGAAGAAGAAACCGGUCUCGUUUUCGAACAUCCUGCUCGGUGCAGGGAUCAACAUGGCUGAGGUGACUACUCUGGGCCAGCCGUUGGAGGUUGUGAAGACGACGAUGGCCGCAAACAGGAGCCUCUCCUUCCUUGGGGCCGUCAAGCACGUGUGGUCCCGUGGCGGUGUGUUCGGGUUCUACCAGGGGCUGAUCCCCUGGGCGUGGAUCGAGGCGUCGACGAAAGGUGCAGUGCUGCUGUUUGUCGCGACGGAGGCAGAGUACAGGUACAAGAGCCUCGGGCUGGGCAACUUCGGUGCGGGGAUCCUCGGUGGGGUCACCGGUGGUGUUGCGCAAUCGUACUUGACCAUGGGCUUCUGUACUUGCAUGAAGACCGUGGAGAUCACACGGCACAAGGCCCCAGCUGGCGUCGCUCCACAGUCAUCCUUGGCCGUGUUCAAAGGCAUCUACGCGAAGGAGGGACUCAAGGGGAUCUACAAGGGGGUCAAUGCCGUAGCCAUCAGGCAGAUGACCAAUUGGGGGUCCCGUUUCGGGCUCUCGAGACUCGUCGAGGACGGGAUCCGCAAGUUUACUGGGAAGACCGGGAAAGACGAUAAACUGAACGCGGUCGAAAAGAUCGCUGCGUCAGCACUUGGUGGUGGGCUCAGCGCGUGGAAUCAGCCUAUUGAGGUCAUUAGGGUCGAAAUGCAGUCGAAGACGAAGGACCCAAACAGACCAAAGAACUUGACCAUCGGCUCCGCGUUCAAGUACAUCUACAGCACCAACGGUGUGAGAGGAUUGUACCGUGGGCUUGCACCAAGAGUCGGGCUCGGCGUAUGGCAAACUGUGUUCAUGGUCGCUUUCGGCGAUAUGGCGAGGGAAUUCGUCGGGAGACUCACAGGCGAAACCCCAGCGGCCAAGCACUAG